GGAGUAGGUGUACUUAGACUUUUAGUAGCCGUUACUUGUCCAUUUGCACAACAGACAGCAGGAUUUCCAUCACUUCGUAUUGUACCGUUAAAACAAAUUUUUGAUCCGCAAUCCCAAAUAAAAAUUGUAUUAUCA